UACUACUUUACUUACAAAUUGAAAUUUGUCUCUUUUAUUUCCCAUUUUUAAAAGUUUACAUAUUUGGUUCUCUCUUUGCAGCCUCUAAGGUGCUUUGGCUAUGCCAAAAAUUCUCUUGUCAAUAUCAAAUUCUCCAAUUCUUGCUCUUCUGAAGAAAUGCAAAACCAUGACAGAGCUAAAGCAAAUCCAUGCGCACAUAAUCACCAACGGCUUAGCUCGUUUCACUUUUAUAACCAGCAAAGUCUUGGCUUUUUGUGCAAAAUCACAAUCUGGAGACAUAAAUUAUGCGCGAGCCAUUUUCAAUCAAAUUCCAAUACCAAAUGCCUUCGAAUUCAAUUCUCUUAUAAUGGGUUUCUCUCAAAACACACAACCUCAAAUGGGUCUCUCUCUUUUUGCUUAUAUGCGUAGUAAAGGGAUCGAACCGAAUUCCCAUACAUUUACCACUUUGGUUAAAUGCUGUGUUUGUUUGUCUUCACUUAAUCAAGUUUAUGGUCAAGCAGUGAAAUUUGGGCACAAAUUUGAUCUUUAUGUAAUUAGUUCUGUUAUUAAUGCAUAUUCAAAGUUUGGAGCAAUGGAACUUGCUCGUCAGGUUUUUGAUGAAAAUGUUCGUAUAAAUAUUGUUUGCUGGACUAGUCUUAUAAGUGGGUAUUGUAGUAAUGGAAUGGUUAACGAAGCACGUAAAUUAUUUGAUGAAAUGCCUACGAGAAAUGAAGUUUCUGUAAGUGCAAUGGUGUCUGGGUAUGUUUGGAAUGGUUACUUCAAUGAGGCAAUUAGAUUGUUUCAAGAAUUGAAGAAUUGUUGUGCUGUAAGAUUUAGUGGGUCUCUUUUGGUUAGUGUUCUUAAUGCUUGUGCAGCUACAGGUGCAUUUGAAGAUGGGAAAUGGAUUCAUUCUUGUGUAGAAAUGAAUGGUUUUGAUUAUGAGAUUGAAUUAAGCACUGCAUUGAUUGAUUUUUAUGCAAAAUGUGGACAAAUAAAAAAUGCAGUUGAAGUAUUUAGCAAAAUGCCAUUUAAAGAUGUAACAACUUGGAGUGCUAUGAUUUUAGGGUUGGCAAUCAAUGGAGAGAAUGAAAGAGGUAUUAAACUUUUUGAAGAGAUGGAGAAGAAAGGACUUACACCAAAUGCUGUAACUUUUAUUGGCGUUCUUACUGCUUGUAAUCACAAAAUUCUGGUAAGUGAAGCUUUUCGGUUAUUUGGGCGUAUGGGUAAAGUUUAUGGCAUUGCUCCUUUGAUUGAGCAUUAUGGGUGCAUGGUUGAUCUUUUAGCUCGAGCUGAGCUGAUUAAAGAAGCCAUGAUAUUGAUAAAACUUAUGCCAAUGAAGCCUGAUGGAGCUAUAUGGAGUUCUUUGCUUAAUGGGUGUUUGAUACAUGGCCAUGUUGAAAUGGCGGAGAAGGUAGGGAAGCAUCUUAUCCAAUUAGAGCCUCAGCAUAGUGGAAGGUAUGUCCUUCUGGCAAAUAUGUAUGCCACAAAAGGAAACUGGGAUGAGGUGAUUAGUUUAAGGAAAAUAAUGAAAGAGAGAGGAAUGGCUACAGUUUCUGCCUGGAGUUCCAUUGAGCUUGAUGGGAUUGUUCAUAAAUUUUUUGUUGAUGAUAAGACCUAUUCUUUUAGUAGCAUUCAUAAAUCUUUGAAUCAACUCCAUGAGCAAUUUGAAUAUUGUUCUACAGUUGAUGACGCAUAAGAGGUUGUAUCUUCACAUGCAAAACUAAAGUAGUUGGCAUUGAUGUUUAAUUGGAAAAGCAAGUGCAUUUCAAUAGUG